AUGGCGAUGGCUGAGAUAUCAACCAUCGAAAUUGUGGAGAUAGAUGAUGGUCGAGAUCCUUCAGUUCAAGUCUUUAUCAACAACACGCUCGCAUCCCUCCUCCACGGACUCUCGCAGUCACCGGCAGAGGCCAACCUCUCUAUCACCCUCAAGCGCCGAGCCAGCCCGGUUGCUUACAUGAUCAACCCUAUCACCGGAGCGUUGGAACCUAGCUCGAGAGUUGAUACAUACAGGAACUACUCUUGGCCAGGGAAGACAGCAUACGAGGCAUGGAAAUUUACCGUCAUUCUUCGAGUCCUAUCCAUCUUGGACGAGGCCAUUCGGACAGGCCAGCUGAUCUCUAAGAGAGACAUGUACUAUAUCGACCCGGAGUUCUUUCGCGUGCAGAGUGUCGUAGAUCGCAUUGUCGAUGAUCUGGCGUACACCAUCGGAGUGAACAGAACGGCAUUAAAUGUGGAAGCGGCAGCAAAAGGACUGGUGACAGGAGACUUUCGAUUGACGCGUGGCUCCCAGACUUUGAUCGAUGCGCACUCUACCAUCGAGGAUAGUCUAAUUCCUCGAAUAGAGGACGGAGACGAGAUUGACGUUUCACGGGCUCGGUGGGUUCUAGUCAUCGAGAAAGAGGCAGUCUUCCACCGGCUCGCGCGAAUAGGUUACCACACCAGAGCACUAGCCGGAGAAGGAAUCAUGGUCACAGGCAAAGGAUACCCCGAUUUCAUGACAAGAACUUUUCUGCGCGCAAUGUCCGAUUCUGUAACCAACCAGAAUAGACACCCACCCCGUUUCUAUGCCCUCACCGACGGUGAUCCACAUGGCAUGGCCAUUUUGUCAACGUACAAGUACGGCUCAACGGCACACUUGCACCAAAAUGCUCGUCUGAGUAUGCCGAGGUUGCAAUGGCUGGGUCUUCGAGUGACAGACAUCAUAGCAGUUCCGGAGGUACUUGGUGACACGGCUCUCCUUUCGUUAACGACGCGAGAUCGAAAGAAGAUCAUGACUAUGCUUCGGAAUAGUCCUGUCUGGGCGAGCGACGGGCCAGAGCCAGAGUGGCGUGCUGAAUUACAGCGGAUGCUGGUCUUGAAUCUGAAGGCGGAGAUUGAGAUCUUAUAUGGAUGCCAAGGAGGGUUGGAGGGGUGGAUUAAUCGGAGAAUGUUUCGGCAGGAGUAA